AUUUUAGUUUUUCAUGUUUUUCUCAUUUUAUAAUCUACCAAUUUAAAGAUCGAAAUCUAAGUAAGAUAAUCAACUGUAUAUGGUACACGAGAUAUGGAUCAAGCCUUAGGAUUCAUUUGGAACAGAGAAAUAAUUUCGAAAAGAGGCACUCAAAGGACAUUCCAACAAAAACUCAAUGAUAUCAUAGAAAAUUUUCAGUGUGUGAGAUCUGACCAGCAUGUAAUAGAGGGACAGGAAAUAGGGGAUAUAGUUCCACCAUUUGCAUGUUCAUUUAGCCGUGUCUCAGGAUGUGGUCACAUGAUUGCAAUUGUAGAUGAGGAUGGCGCUGUCUGUAUAUAUGAUACUAACAUCUCUGGUCCACGGGCCAACAAAUUAGAAUGGCUAGCUCACAACAAUGCAGUGUUCGAUGUUACUUGGGUUGAACAGGAAAAUAAACUUUUAACUGCAUCAGGUGACCAGACAAUUUCACUAUGGGAUGUGGACACAACUUCGUGUUUAGGAUUAUUCAAAGGUCACUCGAGCAGUGUGAAAUCAGUCAAUUUCAGACCUCAAGAUAAAAGUGUAUUUGCCAGUGGUUCAAGAGAUGGUCAUAUUAUGAUCUGGGAUGCUAGGUGCAAUGAGAAAGAUGGUUUUAUGUGUCCUACCAUGACAAUAAAGAAUGCCCAUUGUUGUCAUACUGUUGCCAGGACAACUAAACAAAAGAGAGGAUCCAAAGCUACAACUGUACAGGACAGUCAACAAAGUGUUACCUGUGUUUUGUUCCAAGAUGAUAACACACUCAUAUCGGCAGGAGCUGUAGAUGGGGUGGUUAAAGUGUGGGAUCUUCGACAAAAGCUGAAUCCAAAGUUCAUAUUCCCGUAUGCUGGGACCAGCACAAGAAAACAUGGGUUCUCUAGCCUGGUACUGGACUCUACCUACUCUCGGUUAUUUGCAAGUUGUACUGACAGUUCCAUCUACCAGUUUAAUUGUGCCAACUUCAACAAGCAACCAGUGGUAACAUACCAGGGUCAUAUGAACAGUACAUUCUAUGUGAAGUCAUGCCUCAGUCCCGAUGAUCGCUUUCUACUGAGUGGCUCCAGUGACAACAAUGCCUAUAUAUGGAAUGUGGAUUCUCCUAUGGCUAGCCCAGUGUUGUUGAAGGGUCACACAAAAGAGGUCACUGCAGUUGCCUGGUGCCCCACAGAUAUUUUCAAGAUUGUAACAUUGGCUGAUGACGACACUGUCAAUAUUUGGCGCUCAACCCAGAGCUCUCUAUCCCCUGAACCUGGUACUGUUGUUGGUGCUGCUGUGAAAUCACAUAUAGGUGAUAAUGGAACGUCAACCAAUUCUUCGAGUGCAAGAAAUCCAUCAAAUUUUACUGGAAUAUCUCCCAUGCAUAAUCCAAGUAACACUCAGGGUCAACAAACCACUGCUCCUAUAGCAACAAAGACAUUAACUCCAUCUAUAAAAGAAUGGCUUGGUAAAAUAACCAAAGCCCGUGAGAAAAAAAUUGCUGAGUCACCUUGUAAAAAAUCACCAAGGAAACUUUUAUCACCCAGGAAGUUGACAAUUGGACCAAUCAGAGACAAAGAAAAUAUUCAUGUCGGGGUGAAGCGGAAACUCUGUGAAACAUUAUCACCUGAAGUAUCACAGAAACGGAAAUGUUUAAACAAAAUUGAUAAAAAUGAUGCUGAAUACAAUAUGAAUCGCAUGGAAAAUAAAUUAGAAGAUUCCAAAGUGAAUGAACACUUCAAGGAUGUUAAGAAACCUCUCUCACCAAGAAUAUACCAAUCUCCCACUAGCAAUUUACCAAACUUUGUACUUGACCCUGAUUCAAGAAAAACACCAUGUGCUCUAAAUUCAAAUACAAAGAAAUCUAACUGGCUGACAAAAUUGUCCCAACAGAGACGUGCAUCAGUAGGGGUUGAUAGCGUAAGCCCAAAUGACUCGGUCUUUAAUUCUGAGGAUGAUAAACUAUCUAGAAAUACAUUCUCAAAGGAUGAUUUGGGGCAAACUCCAAAAUCUUCCAAAAUUAAGGUUAUAAAUCAUGAAUCCAAAAAUAGUCCCAGUGGGAGGACCUCUCGCAGAGGGAGUGAGGAAAAUGCAACUACGAGCCAGGGAGUAACUCCUAAAAGUGGAAGAUCCCGAAGAACUCUGCUGCAGACACCGCAAAGAUCCAGUAGACCUUCAUCACCCAAUGUAUUACAAACACCUCCAAGCAGAACCAUCCUGUCUUACUUCUCUCCAACCUCCAAACAAACCAAGACCCCAAGUAACUAAGACAAAGUGAAUUAAUAAAUGUGACCAAAUACAAAACACAAUGAUCAACCGCAUGAAAUUCAAGAAUGAGACUUCACAUGAGUAUUACACAGACAAUUAAUGCAAUGAAUUUUAUAGAAAACUGCGAAAAUUGAGACUGCAUGGAUAAUUCAUGUCAGGUAAUUGCAAUGAAGUUCUUAGUGCCAACCUCAAACCAAUAUUUGUAUUGAAGGACAAUAAAUGCAAUGAAUGUCAUAAAAGCCAUCAACCUUUGAACAUAGCAAUAUGACUCCAUGUGACAACUUCACGACAAUAAAUGAGAUGCAUGGUGAAUAUAUUCAAGACAACAUCUAAUUUUAAAAUCAACAUGAAGACUCUACACAUCUCAGAUUGUCAGUGUUUAUGUCAUGUUAUAUUGUUGAUGGAACAGAGUUUACUUGACAUGAACUUUUUAUGUCAUCACCAAAAAGUGGUGACAUAUUCGUCUGUAACAAAUUCUUACAACUUCCUAUAAUUUAACAAA